CCACUACAAAGGAACCCCACUUGUUUUCUCUCUUCUUCUCACCCCUUCUUUUUUCCCGAGAAAAAUUUUAAAAAGUUUUUCCAAGAAAGUUUCUCCUUUUUUUUUUUUUUUUCCUCUUCUUCUUUCUCCCAGAACUGGCUCCAAAUGAUCAAUAUUGAUCAAGAAACAACGGUUAGAGAAAUCAAACCAAAAAGCAGAAGAAUCAUGGGAGGAGGUGGUCCAGAUUAUGAUGAUGAUAAAGAGGAAGUGAAGUGGCCGCCAUGGCUGAGACCACUGCUACAAACAAGCUUUUUUGUUCAAUGCAAACUCCAUGCUGACGCUCAUAAGAGUGAAUGCAAUAUGUAUUGCUUGGAUUGCAUGAAUGGUGCUCUUUGUUCUCUUUGCCUUGCUUAUCACAAAGACCAUAGAGCUAUUCAGAUAAGGAGAUCUUCAUACCAUGAUGUGAUAAGGGUUUCUGAGAUUCAGAAAUUCGUAGACAUAACAGGGAUUCAAACAUACAUUAUAAACAGUGCGAGGAUUGUGUUCUUGAAUGAAAGGCCUCAGCCUAGGCCUGGCAAAGGUGUCACCAAUACCUGCCAAGUCUGCGAGCGCAGCCUCCUUGAUUCCUUCAGCUUCUGUUCUCUUGGUUGCAAGAUUGUUGGGACAUCAAAGAACUUCAUCAGGAAAAAGAAAAUGUGCAAGGAAACAGACGGGUCAGAUGCUGAGUCAUUGAAUGGUGUUAGCAAUGGAAGCACAAAGAGCAAAGUACAAAGCUUUAGGCCGUCGACACCGCCGCCAACAGCCGUGAAUUACAGGACUGCCAAACGGAGGAAGGGAGUUCCUCAUCGAGCUCCAAUGGGAGGUCUCAUCAUAGAAUACUAAUAAUAACAACAAUAAAAUGAACUUCUAUAUAUAACUUUUACCUCGACUGAUAUAGCAGGCAAUGUCAGCACCUGAGCCUUGUGCCUCAAGAGGCCGGUGUUAGAAGGGAAACCACCAUACCAAUGUCAUUAUUGUACAUAAAAAUAAGCAAAAAAAAAAAUCAGAACUGAAUUUAAGAUAUGGGUUUGAUAUGAUAAAGAUGAAAGAUCAGUAGCUUGAUGAGUAGGCGUUUGAUACUUUAUUUAUUUUUUACUGAACUUUUUUAUUGUAUUAUAUGUGGUGUAAAACGUGUAUAUACAAUUAUAAUUUAUAUAUAGUAGAUGGGAUGUAUUUUAUAAAGAGAAAUUAAAAUGAUACUGUGAAAAUGAAAUUAAUGGAGUGAUGAAUAGACAAUUUAUAAA